UGAGCCCAAUCAGAACCACAAUGUAUUUGAGACAUUUCCCUCUGGACAGAAGCAGCAGCCAGCAUGUGUCAUCAUCAGCUGUGCCCUCCCUGGCUUGACUGUUCAUCUGGCUGACCCAAGCCCCCAGGCAGGUUUCUAUUCUUUGAACUGGCAGGAUGCCCGCUAUUUACAGGUGCCCCCUUCCCCUUGUCCAUUUACUUUGAUGGGCCCUUCUCUCUCCUGAUUGUGUGUCUUAAAAGCUUAUUCUUGUUGCUCUGCCUCUGCUCAUGUGUGUAUAUAUUUUAUAUCUUAUAUAUUUUAAUUUUUAUUAAAUAUUAUAAAUUAUAUGUAACCUUAAAACUAGAUGUAAAGAAUGUAUGCAUAUAGAUAUCUUGUAACAAUAAAACCUAAAGAAACUUGCAGAUCAACAAAUGUAGGGGCCUCAUAAAAUUCAAAUGACCAUUUUAAUGUAAUGGAACAAAGGCAGAACAGUCACUCCCCUCCGCCGUGAGAAAGUGGCGCUCCCUGCCCACGUGCAGACUCUCCUGAGAUCCGCCUGUUGGCGGUGUGCUUUGCAGUAACUGGAUGCUUCCACCCCUUGUCCCUAUGUAAGUUAUACAGAGGCGUCCUUUGUAUAUCCUGUAAUGAAAUCUUUUGGCCUUCACUUGGUGAGAACACAAUAUUUCAUAUUAACUCCCUGUGCAUUUUUUUUUAAUUUCCCUAUAAAAAAGAAAACGUCACACCCUGGCAUAAAAAAAUAUUAAAUAGAUUAAAAAUGCAGGCCUUGAGAGGGUAUGGAAGCUCUCUGUUAAGUCGAUCAUCCAAAUGAACCAAAACAUGUUGAUCAGUUACAUCUCCAGCAAUAUGACACUGUAGGCAUCUGGUCUCCUCCAUUAUCAUUUUAUUUACAAAAUCAGGCUUCAGGCCAAAGCUGAGUGAGUGCUGCCGAGUGACUCAGCCCCUACAACCAGAAGCAUGAACUUCAGCCCUGACCACAGCAGAUGAAAGGCUGGUGCUCCCCUCACCUUGAGUGCUCAUUUGAUGGAGAAAGGCUGGGCCUGGGCCCUACCCAUCACAGUGCUGGUCCUAGUACCUGCCCACGCAUGGCCUGAGCUUCUGUGAUCAGGUAAUAUAAAGGUACUAGAGCUCAAGGAUUGCAUCUAACUCCUGGACCCUGGAUCCCUGCCACAUGUCUAUAUGCUGGCCCAGAAGGCUGUGUGCCCUGGGGAUGUAGAAAGUUCACAUGAUUUGGCUGGGCACAGUGGCUCACACCUGUAAUCCUAGCACUUUGGGAGGGCGAAGUGGGCAGAUCACUAGAGGUCAGGAGUUCCCUAGUCCAGACACCCAAGAGUAUGUCCUUCUCUUGGGCAUAAGAAAAUCUAGAGUUAUAUUUAGGGUACCAUAAAUUGUGGUGAAGAGUGGACCAAGCUGGCAUGCUCACAAUGACCAAAUUACAUUGGUCAUAUUUUAAUCCAAUACAUUGAUCCACUAUUAACUUGUAAAUAAUGUACUUGCUUUCUAGACACAUUCCAGGAAGACAAGAGAAACUGACUUUUAUCUAUAUGGUAUAAUCCACUGGCGAGUUUCUUUUAGGACAGACCAAAGCUGAUCUAGAACAUAAUCGUUACAUACUUGGACGAGACGAGAGAACCCACCAGACGAGAAAGAACAUCUGGGCUGAAAGCCUCCAUCAGAAGAACAAUGUGGAAUGGUGCUGUGCUGGCAACUGGUAGUCCCUGCCCUACAUCUUUGCAGAGGACUGGAGCCCAGAGUGGGCCAUGGUCAACUUAUAUGUUGAAGACCACCUUCUAGGUGUGCAUGUGCUUAUUACAGAUAUGCCGCCAUGCUAAGUACCCCCGGACUACAGGAAAAAAUAAGAAUACAUGCUGUAUCCAUGAUCAGGAGGUACACAGGCCAGAGCACCAGCUGCGGAAUCGCACAACCUGGGUUCAAAGCCUGGCUGGACCAUGACCACCUGGAUGACCUAAGGAAGGGUGUCAGGCAAAUUUGUAAAAAGAAGCAGAGCCCUGCCUGCCAGGAAGGGAUGUGGUAAGGGGCAGCAUCCAGUCAGGUCAGGGCACCGCGUCCUCUCCAUGGAAGCCUGCGCAGCGAGCCUGGUGGCUCUUGAGGCCACGGCAGCCAUGGAGAAGGCGGGCCUGGCUCCAGGCGGCAUAGAGGCACUGGAGAGGCCCCAGCGGAACCUGGCGGGAUCUGGCUGGUCCUGCGCUCUGCUUCCAGGUUCUGGCCCUGUUAACCCGGGGGACAGGGCCGGCCAAGACAGGGCCACUGGGUGUCAGCCAGCGCCUGGGCCAGAUGCCAGGUGGGAAGGGCUCUGGCGGAUCAGCCCCACACCCUCCACAGCACCACAGGAGGAGGGGGGGCAUCCAGGGCCACACACCUGCCCCCAGAAGUGGGACGUCCCUGAGGCUAGAGAGUCCAGCUGGACCGGUGGAGGGGCCUUGCCUUUUGCCCUGACUCCUCUUGUAGGCACCCUCGCUGGGCUCCUGCUCACUCCUCCACACCCUGGCUCUGUCACCAGCCCCAUAGUGAUGUCAUAAACUCCCAGGUGCCCAGUGCGCACCCGGCCACAGAGAAGUGGGUGACUUAGGAGUAUCCUCUCCGCUUCUGACCCUUAGUUUCGUCUGUGCACAACUUGCUCAAAAUGGGCAACUCACUAAGCAUAUUUUGUUCCUGGUUCCGCCGCAGGUCCUGGCCACGCGAUUGGCAACGUGCUCUUCUAAGCGUAUUUUGUUCCUGGUUCCACCACAGGUCCCCGCCAUGCCAUCGGCAACCUGCUCGUCUUGUCCGUGAGGCCUUCCCAGCUGGCCGGGCUCACCCCGUGGCUCCUGCACCUGUGCCUCCUGCACCUGUGCCUCCUGCACCUGUGCCUGCUCCGGGAAUCUUGGGCUGUUUCCGAUUCCUCUUCAACCCUCGGCGACAUCUUGGGCCUUCUUUUCCAGCCAGGUGGGAUGUCGCCCCUAGGAGGCUGUGUUUUCUCCCUCGGAACACGGGCACCCCACUGAGGGUCCUGCCUCCUGUGGGCUGGAGCCCCCCCUCAAGGAAGAAACCCGUGCUGUCUGCUCGCAACACCAUGAUGUUUGGACACCUCAGCCCCGUGAGGAUCCCUCGUAUCAGAGGCAAGUUUAACCUCCGGCUUCCUUCAUUAGAUGAGUGGGUGAUCCCAACCAGGCUCCCAAAGACGGAGGUGAGGGCAGAACAAGAGCCUGAAGAACAAAUGGAGGUGAAUCAGGUAGAGACCCAGGGGCAGCAGGACAAGAAAAGGGGCCCCUGUAGCAAUGGGGAAGCAGCCUCCGCCUCUAGGCCCCUGGAGACUCAGGGAAACCUCACUUCCUCCUGGUACAAUCCCAGGCCCUUGGAGGGAAAUGUCCACCUCAAGAGCUUGACAGAAAAGAACCAGACUGACAAGGCCCAGGUGCAUGCAGUGAGUUUCUACUCCAAGGGACAAGGAGUCGCCAGUUCACACAGCCCUGCUGGAGGCAUCCUUCCCUUUGGGAAGCCUGACCCAGUUCCAACAGUGCUCCCUGCCCCAGUUCCGGGCUGCUCCCUGUGGCCAGACAAGUCGGCCUUGAAGGUGCUGGGUAAAGACCACCUGCCCAGCUCUCCAGGCUUGCUGAUGGUGGGGGAGGACAUGCAGCCCAAGUAUCCUGCAGCUCUUGCAUCAAGGAGUUCUCCUCCACCCAGAGCUGCCGGCCACGGGUCCGGCGAAAGAAAGCUGUCAGGACCACUGCUGCCGCUGCCACCGACCCCUCCCCUGCAACUGAGGUGGGAUAGAGACGAGUUUCCCUCAUCCGCUAAGCUUCCCUGCCUAUCUCCUGAGGCACUGUUGGAGCUGGGUCAGGCUUCUCAAGGGGAAGGACGCCUCCAGCAGGGCAACAUGGAUAAGAACAUGGGGAUGUCCAGGAGAUGCAAACAGCUGCUUAGCAGGAGAAAAAAGACAUGGCAGGGCAGGCGUGGUGGCUCACGCCUGUAAUCCAGCACUUUGGGAGGCCCAGGCGGGCGGAUCAGGAGGUCAAGAGAUCGAGACCUGAGGAGCAUCUCUGCCUGGUCCCUGCACCAUCUGGGAAGUGAGGAGCGCCUCUGCCCAGCCGCCCCACUGUCUGGGAAGAGAGGAGCGCCUCUGCCUGGCCACCGCCCCAUCUGGGAGGUGAGGAGCACCUCUGCCCAGCACUCCCACCCCACCGCCUGAGAAGUGAGGAGCGCCUCUGCCUCGCUAGGCCUCGCCUGGGAAGUGAGGAAAGUCUCUACCCGGCCGCCUCACAGUCUGGGAAGUGAAGAGCACCUCUGCCCAGCCACUGCACCGUCUGGGAAGUAAGGAGGCCCCAGCCCAGCAGCCGCAGCAUCUGUGAGGUCAGGAGCGCCUCUGUCGGGCAGGCCCACCGUCUGGGAAGCGAGGAGCGCCUCUGCCCGGAACCCAACUGUCUGGUAAGUGAGAAGCGCCUCUGCCUGGCCACCCCACCAUCUGGGAAACGAGGAAUGCCUCUGCCCUGCCUGCGUAUCAUCUGGGAAGUGAGGAACACCUCUGCCCGGCAAUCCCGCCACCUGGGAAUUGAGGAGUGCCUCUGCCCAGUCCCACCGUCUGGGAAGUAAGGAACGCCUCUGCCCUGCUCGCGCACCAUCUGGGAAGUGAGGAGCGCCUCUGCCCUGCCCCCGCAAGGUCUGCGAAGUGAGGAGCGCCUCUGCCCAAUCCCACCCUCUGUGAAGUGAGGAGCGCCUCUGCCCUGCCCCCGCACCGUCUGCGCAGCAAGGAGCGCCUUUGCCCAAUCCGACCAUCUGGGAAGUGAGGAGCGCCUCUGCCCUGCUCCCGCAGUCUGGUAAGUGAGGAGCGUCUCUGCCCUGCCCCCCUACCGUCUGGGAAGUGAGGAGUGCCUCUGCCCGGCAAUCCCACCAUCUGGGAAGUGAGGAGCGCCUCUGUCCGGCAAUCCCACCAUCUGGGAAGUGAGGAGCGCCUCUGCCCUGCCCCCGCACCGUCUGCGAAGUGAGGAGCUCCUCUGCCCUGCCACCGCCCCACUGGGAAGUGAGGAGCACCUCUGCCCAGCAGCCACCUUGUCUGGGAAGUGAGGAGCGCCUCUGCCCAGCAGCAGCCAUGUCUGGGAGGUCAGGAGCGCCUGUGCCCGGCUGCCCCACCAUCUGAGAAGUGAGGGGCGCCUCUACCCGGCGGCUGUGCAACCCUCCGAGUGUGACGUGACAGCCUUGUGUGUGAUCUUUCUGCCCUCCCCAAGUUUGCAUUUUCGACAUUAAAGUUUACUUUUAUUUAUUUAUUCAUU